AUGAAAAUGGUGAUCAUAUUUUAUUUGCUGCUGAUGCUCAGAGUGGGACGAUGCACAGACGAUCACGUCUUUGAAACGACAACUGUUGAAGUUGGAGAUGAUGUGACUUUAAAUUGUACUCGCCAGACAUCUGAAUAAAAAGAAACCAUAUUUUGGAUCAGGCUUGUUUCUGGAAAAAAACCUGAAUACUUGGGAGGAACAUAUGCCUUUGAUUAUGAAGGUGUUAACAAGACUCCUCACAUUACAGCAAAACAAGAGCCUGGAUCAUUUAUUCUGCAUAUUCAUGAGACAAAGCUGAGUGAUACUGGACUUUACUACUGUUUAAAAGUAUAUCUACUGGACAUGACAUUUUCCAAAUCUACACUUCUGAGAGUUAAAGGACCAGAACCUGAUCUCACUGCCGUCACUCAAGACUUUCCAUCUGAUCCAGUCCGUCCAGGAGACUCAGUGACUCUGCAGUGUUCAGUCCUCUCUGACUCUGAGAAGAAAACAUGCCCAGAAGAACACAGUGUGUUCUGGUUCAGAGCCGCAUCAGAUGAAUCUCAUCCUAGUGCCAUUUACGCACAUGGAAACAGUGCUGAGUGUGAGAAGAGUCCUGAAGCUGGAUCUUCACAGAAAUGUAUCUACAGCCUCUCUAAGAACGUCAGCUCCUCUGAUGCCGGGACUUAUUACUGUGCUGUGGCCACAUGUGGAGAGAUAUUAUUUGGAAAUGGAACAAAACUGGACAUUGAAGCUGCUGCCACUCUGCAAACAAAUGCUGCGACAGCCAGUUGUGAUCAGCAAAGUCAGCAGAGAAUUGAGGAGUCUUUGGUUUAUUGUACACCAAACUUUACCAGGAGGAAAGCUGGCAGAGGAGGGAGAAGAAAUCAAAGACAAGAAGAGACCAUCUACACUGAUGUCAGGGCUUUUAUGAUAUAUGAUUAAUCUAAACGAUGAAUUUGCUAAAUGAGGCUAAUGUAAUUUUUUUGCUUUAGCAGCACUGGUUUCUGCAUUUUAUUGAAGACAUGAUGUAUUACAUAGUAUAGCAUAAUGUAAUAUAUCAUGUCUUCAAGUAGUAGUAAUAUAUUUUUGAUAAACUAUGCAAAUAUUUAAUGUUUUUGCCUUAUUAUGAGGAAAAAUAACCACCUUUAAUAGCUAAGCUUUUGUUGAUAGCCUGUAUCACUGUGAAUCCCAUAUCUAAUAAUUUUGUUUCAGUUUUUGUGCAGUUUAUCAGUACAUUUUUUAAAGAGGUGGGUGAUGCAUCUGCCUAACGUGACUUUUUGAAGGAUUCAUCUUGAAAGAGUCGAGAGAAGAGUCAACUCUGUCUCUUUUCUCUGUGAUACCAUAUAAGGUGAUAAACUUCUUCCCCAUUCCCUCAGCUUUGCAUCGCUGCAGUUCAGAACGUGAACAUGCCUUGUGUCAUUUUUUAAUA